GUGAUUUAAUCACGCCAAAAUAUUAUUCGAAGUACGAGAAUACACCAGAGAAUUUUAAUGCGAUUGAGACGCAUGAAAAAAAGACGGAUCAGAAGGAAAAUAAUUGUGAUCAUAGAAAAGGACCAGCCAUACUUACUAGUUAUGCGUAAUUUGAAUUUUCUUAAAGAAAUGAGUUACAAAUUUCAAUUCUGAUUUCUUUGUAUUUUUAAUUAUUUUUGCUUUUCAAUUUUAGAUACGGGUGGUGGUAUGAACGGGGAUUGCGACCGAUUGAAUCUCGACUCGAUUUUCGUAAAAAAACGACAGACUUAAUAAAUUUUGGGAUAGACACUAAUAAUAUGGAAAAUCGAAAAUUUAGAAAUUUAAAGCAAUAAUGUAAAAGUAUCUCUGCAUAUGUAUUUAUAUGUUUGCUUAUUUUAUUUUCUAAUUUAAAAUGUGUAUUCAUUCGUCUAUUAAAAGUAAACAAAAAUUAAUUAUAUAUGCAAACUUAUCUGGUGAGAUUGAAAGAGAUUUUUCUAGUUUAAGUUGGUCGUUAGUUUCUAAAGAAGCAUUUAUUUUCAAAAAGCACAGCAGCGCCGAACGGAUGUAUCAGAUAGCAACAGUUGCCGCGCAAUCAAUUUCUUGAUUUCCCGCCAUCUCGAAAUAUAUAUAAUACUGACCAAUCAGAUACAAGACUAACGGAAUAUCUCGAAUCGUCGCAAGCGAUUCGAGCAAUUGGAACUUACCGCUAGCGAUUGUUUUCUGUACGCACAACCAGUAGCGAUUGAAAAAACGGUGUUGUGACGGGAUUCCGCCAAAAAUGAAUUCCGGCGUGGCGGAACACACGAGACUUAGUGAAGAUUGCUUGGACAAUUCUGAAGAAUUUUCACCACCUGAAAGCAAACGACUACGCCUAGAUGACAGUUGUAACAAUUUAAAUGAUACCUUAAAUAGUGCUUCCAAAAAUAAUACAAAAUGGUCAUAUUCAGGAGAUGCAAAUCUUGUAGAACCAGAAAUUUUAGAAGAUAUGGGUGUUAGUAUGUUAGAAGAUGAAGCAUCAAGUUAUGAAAGUACAAAAAAGACUGGUUCUCUGGAACAAACAACUUCACCAAUUAUUUCAGAUAACAGUGGACAAUGUGAUAAAAUUAAUAGUUUUCAGAGUCAAGAAAAUAUUUAUAGAGGUUCCAACUUUGAUACCGUUAGUAUGGACAGCUUUGAAGCUACUCGAAGAUUAGAUCACGAUCCAUAUGAAUCUGAUGAACUUACAACAUAUUCAACAAUUGGAAAUGAAUCUGGUUAUUCUUCUAAAAUGGAAAUAGAUAAUUUAAUUGAUACAAAAGAAACCUUUUCAAAAAAUGAUCUUAAUGAUUCUUCUGUAAAAAGUAGUCUUGAACAAUUUUAUCUUUAUAGAAGAAAAAGAAAACCUUCAAUUGUUGGUGAAGAUAAAUUUAAUAAAUUAUCCGAUGAAAUGAUUUUAAUGAUAUUAAAAUGGCUUCCAAAGAAAUGUUUGGUACGUUCUAUGUUAGUUUGUAAACGAUGGUGUCAAAUAGCGCGAGAUGAAGCAUUAUGGAGCAGAUUGGAUUUAGGCAGUAAAGUAUUAAAUGAAGGUACAUUAGGUCAUAUAUUACCAAGAGGUGUGCAAAUACUUCGACUUGCACAAGCAGAAAUUGCUGAUCCUGUAUUUCUUGAGAAUAGUGAAGUUCUUACUGAUGGUUAUAUUAGUAAAUUACAGUAUUUAGACCUCUCAAUGGCGGUAAUUUCAUCAAAUGGAUUGGCUAUGUUACUAUCUAAAUGUAAAUAUCUUAAAAAAUUGUCUCUAGAAAAAUGUACAGUAAAUAGAUUGUGUUGCAAAGCUAUUAGUGAUAAUAAUGAUUUAGAAAUAUUAAACUUAACAAUGUGUGAGGGUUUAGAUAUUGAAUGUAUCAAGAAUUUGAUGAAACUUAAAAAUCUUAAUGCUGUCAAUAUGGCUUGGUGUAGUUUAGAUACUGAGACUAUGACAUUACUUUGUAAAUCUUUGCCUCCGUCCGUUACGCGUUUAAAUAUAGCUGGAUGCAGAAAAACUAUGACAGAUGAUAAUGUUAAAGAUUUAGUAAAAAGUUGUCCAGAUAUAAUAGAAUUAGAUUUGAGUGAUUGUACUAUGCUUACAAUGAAUACUGUUCGUAGUUUACUUGAUUUGUCAAAAUUAGAACAUUUGUCGUUAAGUCGUUGUUAUGGUAUACCUCCUUCAACAUAUGUAACAUUGGCAUAUAUGCCAUCUUUGCUAUAUUUGGAUGUUUUUGGUGUAAUACCUGAACCAGUACUAAAAACAUUACAAGUUACCUGUGGUGAAACUCAACUUAAUAAAUAUCUAUAUAGUUCUGUUGCAAGACCAACAGUUGGUGUUCGAAGAACAAGUAUUUGGGGACUUCGUGUUAGAGAUUGAAUGAAACUGUAACAUUUAUCUAUAUAAUUAGUGGUAAAUAAUCAAUUUAAUACCAAAGGGAUAUUGAAAUGUACUUGUGUGCCUUUCUAUUAAGUGUCUUUUUAACAAGAGACUGAUCUUAUGGUACCAUCAAAAUAAAAGCAAUACAUUUUUUUGUAUAAAA